AUGGGGGCCAUGUUCAGGAGUGAAGAGAUGGCGCUCUGCCAGCUCUUCAUUCAACCAGAGGCAGCGUACACCUCCGUCUCCGAGCUGGGAGAAGCAGGCUCUGUGCAGUUCAGAGAUCUUAAUCCAGACGUGAACGCUUUCCAACGCAAGUUCGUAAAUGAGGUCCGUCGUUGCGAUGAGAUGGAGAGAAAAUUGAGGUACAUAGAGGCUGAGGUACAUAAGGACAAGGUCAAUGUACCCGCUGUUAAAGACAUGCCGAGAGCGCCUAACCCACGUGAGAUUAUCGAUCUAGAGGCGCAUCUUGAGAAAACAGAGAAUGAAAUUCUGGAGCUGUCGCAUAACGCGGUGAACCUCAAACAGAACUAUCUAGAGCUGACAGAAUUAAAACACGUGUUGGAAAAAACAGAAGCAUUCUUCGCCGCUCAAGAAGAAAUCGGAAUGGAUUCGCUCAACAAAUCAAUCAUCUCUGACGAGGCCGGUCAGCAGGUUGCGACUCGCGGUCGUCUGGGUUUCGUAGCUGGCGUGGUCCAACGAGAACGUGUUCCCGCCUUCGAGCGAAUGUUGUGGCGGAUCUCGAGGGGAAACGUGUUCCUGAAACGAGCUGAACUUGACAAACCCUUGGAGGACCCUAAUACUGGCAACGAGAUCUAUAAAACGGUUUUCGUGGCGUUCUUUCAAGGCGAGCAGCUCAAGUCCCGUAUCAAGAAAGUUUGCACCGGUUUCCAUGCCUCCCUUUACCCUUGCCCGCCCUCUAACACUGAACGACUUGACAUGGUCAAAGGAGUCAGAACUCGACUUGAAGACCUUAAUAUGGUGCUAAAUCAAACCCAAGAUCACAGACAACGUGUGUUGGUCAGCGUUGCAAAGGAAUUAGGCAGUUGGUCUAUAAUGGUGCGCAAGAUGAAAGCCAUUUACCACACCCUCAACUUGUUCAACAUGGAUGUCACCAACAAAUGUCUUAUUGGCGAAUGCUGGGUGCCGACAGCUGAUCUACCAAACGUGCAAAAAGCCCUCGUUGACGGUUCCAAUGCUUGCGGCAGUUCUAUUCCAUCGUUUCUGAACUCCAUCGAGACUGAUGAAGUCCCUCCAACCUUCAACCGCACCAACAAAUUCACUCGCGGGUUCCAAACUCUUAUUGACGCCUAUGGAGUCGCUUCCUACAGGGAAUGUAAUCCAGCGCUGUACACCAUCAUUACUUUCCCGUUCUUAUUCGCUGUGAUGUUCGGAGACUUUGGUCACAGCCUCAUCAUGGCCGUCUUCGGUCUCUGGAUGGUCGUCAAAGAAGCUUCUCUCGCCGCAAAGAAAUCUAACAAUGAAAUCUGGAACAUUUUCUUCGCCGGUCGCUACAUCAUACUCCUCAUGGGCUGCUUCUCUAUGUACACUGGACUGGUUUACAACGACAUAUUUUCGAAAUCCAUGAAUAUCUUCGGUUCCGCUUGGUUUAAUCCUUAUGAUAAUGAAACGCUUGAAAGAAAUGAAGCUUUCACGUUGGACCCUAAAGCUUCUUAUACUGCUGAGAAUAAGAUUAUCUUCCUCAACUCUUACAAAAUGAAACUGUCUAUCAUAUUCGGCGUCAUUCACAUGAUGUUCGGUGUUUGCAUGAGCGUCGUCAACUACAACUUCUUCAAGCAUCGUUACUCAAUCUUCUUGGAGUUUCUUCCACAAAUCAUUUUCCUGUUCCUUCUCUUCGCCUACAUGGUUUUCAUGAUGUUCUACAAGUGGGUGGCUUACAGCACGUUAGCUACAGGGUUGUGCGCCGUCAGUGUUGAUUCUGUUCAUCAACAUGAUGUUGUUCUCGAGUACGGAACCCGAGGGCGGCUGCAAGGAGUACAUGUUCGAGGGCCAGGGGGACGCUACAAACGCGCGUUCGUUCUGGUCGCGCUUUGUUGCAUACCGGUCAUGUUAUUGGGAAAACCGUUGUACUUGUUGUGCGCCGCCAAGAAGAAGUAUGACAAGCCGCAAUCAAACGGUAGUGUGAAUCAGGGCAUAGAAAUGCAAGAACAGACUGAUAUAGAACAACAGCCAGCCCCGAAGCCCGCGUCCGGCGGACACGACCAUGAUGAUGAACCGUUCAGUGAGAUCAUGAUCCAUCAAGGAAUACACACCAUCGAAUACGUGCUCAGUACAAUCUCCCACACAGCUUCGUACCUACGACUAUGGGCGCUGUCACUCGCUCACGCUGAGUUAUCCGAGGUGCUAUGGAACAUGGUGUUCCAGCUCGGUCUCAAGGACCACAACUGGGUCGGUGGCAUCAAACUGUACGUGGCAUUCAUGGUCUGGUCUCUCUUCACACUGGUCUUCCUCGUCAUGAUGGAGGGACUUUCAGCUUUCUUACAUACGCUGCGUUUGCAUUGGGUGGAAUUCAUGAGCAAAUUCUACGCUGGUUUGGGAUACAUCUUCCAACCGUUCUGCUUCAAGACGAUCCUCGAACAAGAGGAUGAAGAUUAA